AUGAAACGUCCAACGAGAGAUAUCAAAAUGAAACGUCUAACGAGAGAUAUCAAAAUGAAACGUCCAACGAGAGAUAUCAAAAUGAAACGUCCAACGAGAGAUAUCAAAAUGAAACGUCCAACAUCCAAACAAUCGAAAGGAAACAGUCCAAAGGAAACAAAGGUAACAUCAAAAGGAAACAUCCAGAGCGCUCGACUCAUACAGGUAAGAAGCGGUUCAAAUGCGAAACAUGUCUGA